AGGUCACACAAGACACAGUGUUGUCUCUGUUGCUUUGUGGUUAUUAGCAGGCCUGUAAGUGUGCUUGCUAUGCAUCUCAUAGAACUAGAUCAAGAGUGCUUGCUACACCUUUUUUCAUACCUAGACAAGGAUAGUCGGCGCAGCCUAUCCUUAACGUGUGUACGACUAAGACAGGUCUUCCUAGACCCUCAACUGUGGACACUACUUCACUUUUGGUCUCCAUGCGAGCUGAGGAGAGACAACUUUGUUGUGGGAUCUUCGCUAAGAUACCUCGCUGUAUGCUGGCACUCAAGCAGGGUCAAAGUGUGCAACAUUGAGCACUGGAUGAAAACUACAUUCCAAAAGGAUCUCUGUAGCAAGCAUGAGAGCUUUGUCAGUGACUUCCUGGAGCAUGUUUGCAACAUGUGUCCAAAUCUGAUCUCACUGACUCUGUCUGGAUGUGGGCACAUAAUGGACAACAAUGUCAUCAAAGUGCUACAAAGCUGCAGAAGGCUACGUAGCCUGAGUCUAGAAAACUGUGCUCGGAUAACAGACUCUGUACUCAAGGCUGCGGUGGAGCAUGGCCACAAUCUCACAGAGGUGAGAGUGGACUUUUGCCGCAAUGUGACCCAGGCAGGGUUGCAGGAGCUAAAAAACAAGAGACCAGAAGUACUUCUGAGUGCAUUACACAGUGCGGAUAUGAUUCCAGAUUGCAAGCCUGAGGAGAAAACACAUAUCAAGAGAGCUCUGCAGAAGUUCUUGAUCUUCUCUUGACUGACCGUUGUGACCUUAUGUCAAGAUGAUAUUUAUUUUCUAAUUCUAUUAUAAAUGUUUUUUUUCACCAAUUUUUUGAUUCCUUAUUUUAUGACAUGCUAAUUUUAUUGCUAACAUUUUAUAUUUUAUUAGUUCCCUCUUUUCACCCACCCUCUUUUGUACCUUCACUUUCAUAGAUUGUUUAUUCGUUUGUUUGUCCAUUUGACUGCAUAAAAUGACUCACUAGUAAAGUGCAAACUAAGUAUUUGAUUGUGCUAACAGGGCAUUUACCCAAUCCACAUGUUUUAGUGAAAUCUAGUGUUUCAAUAAUAAAACUUUA